UUUUCUCACAUGCUCACACACACAUACACACGCACGUGCACGCAAACACGACUAGAUUUUUGUAGUUGGCUAAGAAAUAAAGUUCAUCAUUUGCGUGAGUUAUCACAAAUACAAUAACCAUUGUCUGAUUACAAUUAUAUACAAUAUAUCUUCUGUACACAUUAAGUAGAAAUGAGGCACGGAAGCAGCGCUCAGUGACAACUACGGCAGCGAGAGUCACUUUUGAACGUGAGCGAGCAGCAACAAAGUCGGCAACGGCGACGGCAACGGGCAGAAACAUUUCAUUAUUGUUCGUCGUGUGUGGAGGUGGAGCUCCCGUCAAUUAUAGUUUCGUGUAGCGGCAUACAACACCACCACCCCCCGCCGUCCUCUACGCACACAUAGAAAGCCUGUGAACGUGUUAUACAACAAAAUUACAAGUGUGCAAAUUAAAGUAGACCGGCAAUCAAAUAGUAUUUGUCCUUCAACUUCAACCCAGAAGUGAGACUCCUAUACCGUACUCGAACCUGCAAUCACAAUCAUAAUUUCAAAAGGCAACAUCGACAUCGACAAUCUUAGUUCCGCGAAUGUGUGCGCGUGUGUGUGUAAAUUAAAGCAAUAUCAUUUACCUAAAGUACGCAAAACGAGUGCUGCGUUGCUUAUCAGCUGCUAAGAGCAACUGUAAACUCGCUGCGAAAGUUGUGGCGAAAGGCAUAAGCGAAGAGAAAUCACGUUGUCAAAGCAAAAGAAACGCCAAUAACGCAAGUUACCCUCGGCUGACGGACUGACCGACUGGCAGGCAAAAGGAAAUUCAGUAAUAUUUUUUUUAAAGAAGCCGUAACACCCAACAAAGGCUAACGCCAUGAAUAUCGAUGACUAUGAAUCGUUGCCGACGACCAGCGUUGGAGUAAAUAUGACUGCUGGGGCGCUGGCGGGCAUAUUGGAGCAUAUUGUCAUGUAUCCACUGGACUCGGUUAAGACCCGCAUGCAGAGCCUGACGAAUUCGCAUCUGAAUAUAAUGGGUACCUUCCAGAACAUGAUCUCCCGUGAGGGCUUGAUGAGGCCAAUUCGUGGUGCAAGUGCCGUGAUACUUGGCGCUGGACCGGCGCAUUCGUUAUACUUUGGUGUCUACGAGAUGACAAAGGAAUCGCUGACCAAAUUCACAUCACAUAACCAUUUAAAUUACGUUUUGUCUGGUUGUCUGGCGACACUGGUGCAUGAUGCCAUCUCCAAUCCAACGGAGGUUAUUAAGCAGCGCAUGCAAAUGUAUAACUCGCCAUAUACCUCGGUUGUGCGAUGCAUGCGAGACGUGUACCGCAAGGAGGGAAUGCAUGCCUUCUAUCGCUCCUACUGGACGCAGCUCGUCAUGAAUAUACCAUAUCAGACGAUUCAUUUUACAACAUACGAAUUUCUACAGAAUAUGUUGAAUGUCGAGCGCAAGUACAAUCCAGUUGUGCACAUGGUAGCGGGCGCGGCGGCUGGUGCCUCUGCGGCAGCCAUAACGACGCCACUGGACGUUGUCAAGACGUUGCUUAACACACAGGAGACGGGCCUUACCAAGGGUAUGAUUGAGGCCAGCCGAAAGAUUUACCGCAUGGCUGGUCCAAGGGGUUUCUUCAAGGGCAUGACGGCACGCGUGCUGUACGCUAUGCCGGCUACGGCCAUUUGUUGGUCCACAUAUGAGUUCUUUAAGUACUAUUUAUGCGGAAUGGAUAAGGAAAAGUACAAGUCGUCAAUUACGGGCCGCUCUGAGCUGCAAACACCAACGCGCACUGCCGACUACGUGCUUCCCAAGAGCGAUGCCGAUGCGCACGAUGAGGAGAAAUCGGAGCUGACGAGCUGUUUACCCAAGGAUGGUGUCACAUUGCAUCCAGCACCUCCGACGGUAAAUGCUGCUGGUGCCAUUAAAACAGUCUGUGAGCUAUCCACGCGAACCGCCGCACCCACCAUCAAUCUGCACACGAGGCACACGGAGGUGAAAAGUCCGUAUGAGCGGGGAUUCUCCAAUACGUAAACUGAGCGUCCAGGCGCGGCCGCGAGCGGGGCCAGCGUUUAAAGCGCGUCAACAGCAGCGACUAAAACAUAAGCGUAGCUUUUAGUUAAGAGCCGGAGCGGAGCACAUGACGGAUGAGGGGGCGAUGCCAUUGCCAUUGGACACGAUGUUUGAAACAUCUGUCUGUCGAACGUCGCGUCGGUGCUCCGAUCCAGCUGCUUGUAUGAAUACUCGACGCGGAGUCGGUGAGAGUUUUAUCACUCCAUACCAUAGUCGGAGGUUAAAUUGUAGUUGUUGUUGUGCACAAAACUCUCGCUCUCACACACACUUACGCAAAAACUCAGCAGACAUACAUCCAACACACACACACACACACCACACCCCCAACACACAAACACCCCAACACACCCAUACGAGACAGUUAACUGCGAAAUUCUUGUUAAAAUUACUGAUAAUAAAUAUUGUAUCUAUGUUACUUGGAAAAGAGAGAACCUAUUUGUAAAAUACUAUUAUUACCUAAAAUUAUGUAUUAUUACUACAAUGAUUUUUUUAAAAACAAAUUUAAAAAUAUAUAUACAUAUAUGAAUAUAUUUAUGUUUAUGUUGUUAAAGUAAAAACAAAAAAAUUAAAGAAAUGAGCAAAACAAAAAACACAACAAUAAAAAGUUUCGAAAGAAAAUAUUGAUUUGUAAUCAAAUUACAAUUAAAACAAACACAACUAAUGCUGUUAAAAAAUUCAAUUAUUUUCAAAAGACAAGUGUAAUCGGUCUAUUAUUGUAUUUAGCAUAUAGUCUACAAAUUACGAGUUUGAGUCAUCUGCCAUGCAAUUCAAAGAGUUGACUACCUUAUUGCCCGGCACUUGAUUGUAAUCCCUAAUUGUUAAGCCCUUUCUUUUACUUUCCACACACAAACUGAUCAGGAUAGCAUAUCUGUAAUUGAUCUUUUCAUUUAGUACCAAAGUUUUUAGUCUCUAACAAAGGAAAGAAACAUUGAAUGCCACAGUCAAGUAUCAGGGCUAAUUGGCGAAUUUAACUCCAGAUUCGACUCGGAUUAUCUACCACACACAUGAUUACUAUUUUUAUUUUUUGUUAUAUUUUAUUUAUGUACAUGGAUAUAGCAAUAUUAUAUAUGUAUAUACCAUAUUACACUUGCUAUUUGUAAUUGUAAAUGUAGUUCUAAAAUCAACAUUAUAUAUUGUUAAACAAUUCAACAACAAAAAUGAAAAACAAACUAUUGAAAGCCCAGACUCAUUAAAAGGAAAAAAGAACACUUGUUUAAUGUCAAAUGCAA